AUGCUCGCCACUCAGACCAACACUACAGCUUCGACCAGCCGGCUCGCGCGGCCUGGGCGCGGCCAUUGCCAAGCAGCUGGCGGCGGAGGGCGCCACCGUGGCCGUCAACUAUGUCAAUGGAGCGGAGGCGGCCAAGGCCGUCGUGUACGAGAUCGAGCGGGCUGGCGGCCGCGCCCACGCCUUCCAGGCCGAUGUGGCCGUGUUCGACCUGGUCGACCAGGUGGUCAAGCGCUGGGGCCGCCUCGACAUGUUGGUCAACAACUCGGGCGUGUUCACGGUCGCGCCGCUGGCCGACGUGACCGAGGACGACGUCGACCGCCUCCUGGCGGUCAACUACAGGGGCACCCUGUGGGGCAUCCAGGCCGCCUCCACAGUUCUCACCUGGCGGUCAACUACAAGGGCACCCUGUGGGGCAUCCAGGCCGCCUCCACAGUCGCCAGGUUCCAUUGCACUAAUCAACACACGAACGGCAGACGUGUGGAGCGCGGCGGUCGAGGUACUGACGAAGACGGCGGCCAAGGAGCUGGGUCCGCGGGGCAUCCGCGUCAACUCGGUCGUGCCGGGCGCCCAGACCCCUCUCGAGCACCGCUUCGGCACGGCCGAGGAGGUGGCCCACACCGUGGCCUUCCUGGCCAGCCCGCAGGCCAGCUGGGUGACCGCCCAGAACAUCGAACUCGCCGGCGGCUUUUAGACCAAUACUGA